CCUCGGGUUUCCCUUGAUGGAAGCCUGGCGGUCCGUUGCGGGGCAAGGUUCACCUGUCACGAAACGGGUGUUAGCCCUUCAAAUCCCGCGAGCCAAUCGGCAUCCGAGACGGCCGGUGCGGCAAGGCGAUCGGAAGACUGGUUCUUUCCCCUCACCCAGCCAGCAGCCAAUCCCCGAACGUCAUAUACUUCGCGGAUCCGCCUGGAGGCGGGGCGGGAAGCAGGAAUGUCGUCACAGCUCUGGCGGUAUUGUUACCUAAGGACUUGAGAGGAGGUGGGACAUAUGUUGAUUGACAGACCAAUUCCCCUACCGGGAUUUGAGAAUUUGGUGCAAUAUCCCGCCUUAAGGGUGGGAUCUUAUUUGAUUGUCAAGUAAUAUUCCCCAAUGGAGUCCUAGCUGGUGGUGACGGGCAGGCCGCUAGACUAAUGAAUCCUCGGCGUGCCCGGCGCAGUUCUCCAAUCGCCGGGCGGCGGGCCCCAGUCUGAGCGGCGAUGGCGGCGGCGGCGGCGGCGGCAGCAGCAGCGGGGGCUGCGGGCGGUCGGGGCUCCGGGCCGGGGCGGCGGCGCCAUCUUGUGCCCGGGGCCGGUGGGGAGGCCGGGGAGGGGGCCCCGGGGGGCGCAGGGGACUACGGGAACGGCCUGGAGUCUGAGGAACUGGAGCCUGAGGAGCUGCUGCUGGAGCCCGAGCCGGAGCCCGAGCCCGAAGAGGAGCCGCCCCGGCCCCGCGCCCCACCGGGAGCUCCGGGCCCUGGGCCUGGCUCGGGAGCCCCCGGCAGCCAGGAGGAGGAGGAGGAGCCGGGACUGGUCGAGGGUGACCCGGGGGACGGCGCCAUUGAGGACCCGGAGCUGGAAGCGAUCAAAGCUCGAGUCAGGGAGAUGGAGGAAGAAGCCGAGAAGCUAAAGGAGCUACAGAACGAGGUAGAGAAACAGAUGAAUAUGAGUCCACCUCCAGGCAAUGCUGGCCCAGUGAUCAUGUCCAUUGAAGAGAAGAUGGAGGCUGAUGCCCGUUCCAUUUAUGUUGGCAAUGUGGACUAUGGUGCAACAGCAGAAGAGCUGGAAGCACACUUUCAUGGCUGUGGUUCAGUCAACCGUGUUACCAUACUUUGUGACAAAUUUAGUGGCCAUCCUAAAGGGUUUGCAUAUAUAGAGUUCUCAGACAAAGAGUCAGUGAGGACUUCCUUGGCCUUAGAUGAGUCCCUAUUCAGAGGAAGACAAAUCAAGGUGAUCCCAAAACGAACCAACAGACCAGGCAUCAGCACAACAGACCGGGGUUUCCCACGAGCCCGAUACCGUGCCCGGACCACCAACUACAACAGUUCCCGCUCUCGAUUCUACAGUGGUUUUAACAGCAGGCCCCGGGGUCGCGUCUACAGGGGCCGGGCUAGAGCGACAUCAUGGUAUUCCCCUUACUAAAAAAAGUGUGUAUUAGGAGGAGAGAGAGGAAAAAAAGAGGAAAGAAGGAAAAAAAAAAAAGAAUUAAAAAAAAAAAAAAGAAAAACAGAAGAUGACCUUGAUGGAAAAAAAAAUAUUUUUUAAAAAAAAGAUAUACUGUGGAAAGGGGGGAGAAUCCCAUAACUAACUGCUGAGGAGGGACCUGCUUUGGGGAGUAGGGGAAGGCCCAGGGAGUGGGGCAGGGGGCUGCUCAUUCACUCUGGGGAUUCGCCAUGGACACGUCUCAACUGCGCAAGCUGCUCCCCUUGUUUCCCUGUCCCACUUCACCACCUUGGGGGCUGCUCAAGGGUAGGUGGGCAUGGGUGGUAGGAGGGGUUUUUUUACCCAGGGCUCUGGAAGGACACCAAACUGUUCUGCUUGUUACCUUCCCUCCAUCUUCUCCCUAACUUUCACAGUCCCCUCCUGCCUGCUCCUGUCCUGCCAGGUCUACCACCCAUCCCACCCCUCUUUUCCGGCUCCCUGCCCCUCCAGAUUGCCUGGUGAUCUAUUUUGUUUCCUUUUGUGUUUCUUUUUCUGUUUUGAGUGUCUUUCUUUGCAGGUUUCUGUAGCCGGAAGAUCUCCGUUCCGCUCCCAGCGGCUCCAGUGUAAAUUCCCCUACCCCUUGGGGAAAUGCACUACCUUGUUUUGGGGGGUUUUGGGGCGUUUUUUUGUUUUUCAGUUUUUUGUUUUGUUUUGUUUUCCUUUGCCUUUU